AUGUCUGUUUUGGAACAAUUGAAAAAGGCGUCGAUUGUUGUUGCGGAUACUGGAGAUUUUAAUGGUUAGUUUUAGUUUUGCGACAACAAAAAUUGAGCUUUUGUUGUUUUUACAAAGUUGGAUUAUUUACUUCAAAUAGACGAGAUCAAAUUUCAAAAAUUUCGCCGUGAAUUCAGCUUAAUUUUGAAACGUAUGAUUUUCAGGAAUUAAAUUUUAGAUUGGUUUUUGAAAUUUUUAAAAGUUUAUUUAGUAGAAAUUCUUGAAAAAAUCGAAAGUUUCUGAAAUUUUGCGAAAAAAGUAAUGUUCUUGAAAAAUUUUGAACAUCUUAUAUUUUCUAUCAAAACUCAAGUUGUUUUGCAGCAAUCCGCGAAUUCCAACCACGUGAUGCCACAACAAAUCCAUCGCUUAUUUUGGCUGCCUCAAAAAUGCCAGAAUAUUCGAAUUUAAUCGAUGAAGCUGUCAAAUAUGCAAAAGAACAACAUCCAAAUGGAAAUGAACAACAAAUUUUGGAGUCCUCGAUUGAUCGUCUUUUUGUUGUUUUUGGAAAAGAAAUUUUGAAAACUAUUCCUGGAAGAGUUUCGACUGAAGUUGAUGCAAGGUUUGAUUGAAGUUUUUAGUAAUGGAAAUCAGAAUACUAUUGAUGUAUUUUUUGCAGACUUUCAUUCGACACUGAAUCUUCGAUCAAAAGAGCACUUGGAAUAAUUGCACAAUAUGAAAAAGAGGGAAUUUCGAAGGAACGAAUUUUGAUCAAAUUGGCUUCGACUUGGGAAGGAAUUCAAGCUGCGAAGUGAGGAAGACAAUCUUCAAGCCUUUUUUAAACCUUCAAUUUCAUUUCAGAAUUCUCGAAUCUCAACACGGAAUUCAUUGCAACAUGACACUUUUAUUCAAUUUCGAACAAGCCGUUGCUUGCGCUGAAGCUGGAGUUACCCUAAUUUCGCCAUUUGUUGGAAGAAUUAUGGAUUGGUUUGUCAAAAAUACCGAGAAGAAGACAUUCACAAGAUCUGAUGAUCCAGGAGUUUUGGUGAGAUUUUUAAAAAGAAAAAUAGAAUAAAAAUAAGUUUUGUUUUUCAGAGCGUUCAAAAUAUUUUCAACUAUUACAAGAAAUAUGGAUAUAAUACUCAAGUAAUGGCUGCAUCUUUUAGAAAUACUGAAGAAAUUAAGGGACUUGUUGGAUGCGAUUUAUUGACUAUCAGGUAUAUUUUUAGUUCCGGAAAUUUUCCAAAGACUCAUUCAAAAAAAUUCCGAAAAUUUUCCGUCUUUCCGUUUUCCGGAUUUCAUCCUUUCAAAAUCUUUCUAUUUCCAGCCCUGCUCUUCUCAAACAACUUGCAAAUGAAACCGAAACAAUUUCGCCAGUGUUGACUUCCGAAGUUGCUCAAAAAUCCGAACUCGCCAAAAUCCACGUGGAUGAGAAAGUGUUUAGAUUCCAAUUGAAUGAAGAUGCGAUGGCAACUGAGAAAUUGGCUGAAGGAAUUCGUAAUUUUGCGAAAGAUGCCAGAACUUUGGAAACAUUGAUCAAACAAAGAUUGUAG